AGGAUAGCUCGGCACAAAGUGGAGGGCUUCCAUCGCCUGUUACCAGCAAAAAACUGGUUCUAUCCUCCAGCACAAAUGAACCUCAGUGAAUUAUUCCACAAUCUCAUUAGAAGAUGGAUGGGUGGUGGCCGGAUCACUGAGGGGGAAAAAAGGGAUUUAACACUUUGUCGUCACACUAGGUUUAUUUGCUCCUGUUACCGCUCUGUCAGCAUAAAGUGUGACAUUUAGUAUGUUGUUCAGUAUAACUUUGGGAUGUGACACUUACACUGUGUUAAUACGUUUUACAUAUUUAAAAAAACAAACAUACAUUAUGGAUGCUGUUCGUUUUGUUUGCACGUGGACAGUUGCCGUAGUUUUUGUUGCCCUCGUUGUCAUGGUUACGACGUCAAAGUCAGGAAGGCUUAGCUAAAUGGUAGCAUUGUGGUUUCUUAUUUCGUACUGUUUCGUUUUAUACACUGUUUAUUUCAAGAAGAUACGGCGUCACGUUGACAGCUUACAACUACGUUUAUUGAAGUAAGCCACAUGGAGAAAAUGCCAACCCAAAGAGACACUUGGACGCCAUGAACAAUUAUCUGUGUGCUAAAAUCACAUCAUUACUUCUACGAUGUCUAUCCCAAAGGAGGAAGUUCCUGACCUGCAGCUAAGCUUUGUCUUUGGGGAUGGUGCUUUCAAACCACACACACCCUACAUUCUGCCUGAAGACGCUGAGCCACAGGAGCGCCCUGAAUAUUAUUCCACAGAGACAUUGUGUCUGAGCAGAACUAUGCUGAAACAUGUUCCUGAAAGUAUUUUGAACAAUAGUGCUCUAAAGCAUUUAUAUCUUGAAGGCAAUCAGAUCUCCAGUGUCCCAGAUUCACUGUUCAUCAACUUGCCCAACCUUCUGUGGCUGGACCUCAGAAAUAACCAAAUUGUGUCACUCCCUGAUGAAAUUGGCUUGCACAGGUCUCUGAAGACAUUGCUUCUGGAAGGAAAUCCCAUCUCAGAACUUCCACCUGAGUUGGGAAAUGUGAUUACCCUCAAAGGCCUGAACCUGAGGAACUGUCCCAUCAGUUUCCCCCCACAAGACAUUGUAAGCCAGGGGCUCCAGAGCAUCCUCCAGUACCUCAGGAGUGCUAUGGCUAAGCAGCCAGUCAGCAUGAGGAAGACCCCCGCAGAGUUGCCAGUGGUGGAGAAGCUCCAGCUGUCAGAGCUGAUGGGGUCCAGUGUAGAGGAGCAGGAUGAGUCAAUGGAUGAGGACGAGCUGCAGAGAUUCAGGGAACUCAAACACAAGAUGACUCUGCUGGAUAAAGCCGAGCUGGGCUCAAUAGCACAGUCAUGUAUUCUUCCUAUUACCAAAAGGGAAAAGGCAACUACCAAGGCUGGCAUAAUUCCUGAGCUUCCCCUGUUUGACACUCGGCGCUCGAAGAGGCCAGAAGAAAGGAGACAAGCUGCAGUGAAAGAGCUGCAACAGGAACAAGCCCUUCUCGAGCAGAGAAGAAAAAACCAAGAGGCCCUUCAGAAGUGGCGUACACAAGCCAAGAUCACACAGGAAAAGAAACCCUCUCAGCAUAAGCAGAAGGAGCUUGAAAUACAAAGAAGACAAGAGGAAGCAGAUCUAGGUCCAAAACCUGGUGUGGAGGACUGCUGUGAUACUCCUCAGAGUCAGGAGCCUGGCAUGUCCAUCACAGAGUAUGAGGAGGACAGAUCAGUCUGUGUGCUGGAGCGGCAAAUCCGUGCCCACAUUGAGAAAAUGCAGGAGAGACGCAGGAAUCCCAGGGGCUCAACCACUGAGCAGAUGGCAGUGGCUGAGAAAGAUGUGAAAGAGAUGAGGAAAUUACAGGCUCGGCUUCUAGAGAGGAUGAGAAAUCGGGGAAGAAAGCCUGAACAUCGUUCCACUGUCUUUACUGGAGACACCUGAGAGUUUCCUUUACAAAUGACAAAUAUGGUGGUGAUGAAUUCAGUCUUUAAAAGAAGAAAAGACUAAAAGAAAGACUAAUCCCUUUAGUAUUGUAAUUCUCACAUCAUAAAAAUAAAAUUUAUGAGGAUGUCA